GCUCCCCGGGCCUCCCCACUGUCCGCCAGGCGCCCUCUCGCCGGGGUCCCCGUCAGCGCCGUGGCGGACCCGCCUCUCCGGGGACCUCCGGGGCCCCUUCCCGCCUGUGACGGGCUCCGGGUUGAGGAUCCAGGAAAGUCUUGUCCCAUUCCUGAGCGGCCCCAGCCUGUGAUGGCUGGGGACCCCCACGCCUGAGGGGGCUCUCCCGAGCCACUGCCACCCUCCACCGCCUGGGGAGUGGGGGAGGCACGGGCACCACGCGAGGCCUGGCCUGAAAUCUCCACGCGGGUGCCCAGGGCGCCAGGGCGUCCCAGAAGCCCCACCCAGGGAAGAUCCGUCUUGGGGAAUGCAGCGACCAUGAUUCGUGGUGCCCAGAGCAAAGGAAAGACCACUUCCCUUCUGGGGCAGCACUGGAGCCAGAGCCCCGAGCCCCAUCUCAUCUCUGCUCUGCUUGAGUUUUCUGGAAUGGACCUGCCUACCAGGAAGCCAGGUCACCCUUGGUCCUGGUCUUGCCUGCCCCCAGGGGAACACAGGAAGCCUGUUUAUGAAUGUUUGAAAAUGCAUCUGUGCGUACAUGCGGGGGAAUUGGGACGUCGCGGGCUCUAGAGAUCUGUUCCGUUCUACAAGCUGUUAUUGAGUGCUUGCUGUAUACAGGAGGGGGCCCCAAGGCCGGGCCAGGAAGUGCCGCCUACUGACUGAUCACCAGAUGUUGACCCCUGUGCAGCAUCCUGGUGGGACGCUUUGGCUGCCGAGUGACGGUGAUGCUGGGGGGCGCACUGGCCAGCCUGGGCAUGGUAGCAGGCUCCUUCUGCCGAACCCUUAGCCAGCUCUACCUCACAGCAGGAUUCAUCACAGGCCUGGGCAUGUGCUUCAGCUUCCAGUCGAGCAUCACCGUGCUGGGCUUCUACUUCCACCACCACCGGGCUCUGGCCAACGCUCUGGCUUCGGUGGGCGUCUCCCUGGGCAUCACGCUCUGGCCACUGCUCUCCCGCUACCUCCUGGAGGACCUGGGCUGGAGGGGCACCUUCCUUGUCUUCGGCGGCGUUUUUCUCCACUGCUGCGUCUGUGGGGCCAUCCUGAGGCCCGUGGCCACCAGCAUGGCCCCUGAGACCACAGAAGCGCCCCCUCCACCUUCCAAGACACCUGCUCCCGGCUGCCUGGCAGCGUGUGGUCGGGCCAUCCAGCGCCACCUGGCCUUUGAUAUCCUGCGGCACAACGCGGGCUACCGAGUGUACACGCUGGGCGUUAUGUGGAUGAUCCUGGGCUUCCCGCUGCCGCACGUCUUCCUGGUGCCGUACGCCAUGUGGCACGGGGUGGACGAACACAGGGCGGCCCUCCUGAUCUCCAUCAUUGGCUUUAGCAACAUCUUCCUGCGGCCCAUGGCCGGGCUGGUGGCGGGCCGGCGGGACUUCGCGGGCCACCGGAAGUACCUGUUCAGCCUGGCAGCCCUGCUCAAUGGCCUCACCAACCUGGUGUGCGCCGCGUCGGCCGACUUCCGGGUGUUGGUGGGCUACUGCUUGCUGUACAGCGUGUCCAUGAGCGGCAUCGGAGCCCUCAUCUUCCAGGUCCUCAUGGACAUCGUCCCCAUGGAUCGGUUCUCUAGCGCCCUGGGCCUCUUCACCGUCCUGGAGAGCGUCUCCGUCCUCAUCUCCCCGCCCCUGGCUGGGCUCCUCCUGGACACCACCGACAACAACUUUAGCUACGUUUUCUACAUGUCAAGCUUCUUCCUUAUAUCAGCUGCCCUCUUCAUGGGUGGCAGCUUCUGUGCCCUGCAGAAGAAGGAGAGGCCAGGCAUGCAAGCCGAGGCAGAAGGAGCCAUCACGGAGGUGCCCUCAGAGCAGGGCCUCAUGGUGGAGGACUCACGUGGUGCCAAGAAGCACCUGUACACCGAGGUCAUGUAUGUGACCAGCAUCUGAGCCCUGAGGUCCAUGAGUGACCACUGCUGCAGCCCAGGAAUGUGAUGUCCAGCUGCCAGGGGCUGGGGUGAGGGGCUGCCCAGGAAGCCCAAAGCCAGAAGCCUUCUAGGCUCUGCACACUGGGACUCAGCCAGGAGCUGGGACCUUGCAGGCUGGCCUCCAACGACUCAGAGCUCCUUCCAACCAGCAGAUCCAGGAGCAGGUCCUCCUGAUUUUUUCUCUGGGGCACCAGCAUACCUGGAGCCUAGGAAAGUGAGUCUAAACCCUGCUUGGGUCUGUCACAGCCGGCUCAGCCCAGUGGGCUGCCCAGUACUAUCGCUGCCAUUCGACACACUGGACCCUCCAGUCCAGCCUGGAUGUCUCCGAUGUGAUCUCUUUGUCCUUCUUCGGCCUCCAGACAGUUCCAGAGAGUUUACCCCUCCUCCAAGGCUCUCCGCCCCCUUUCUUCCCAAGGGCCCGGGCACAGGUUGUUGGGCCUCAUGCUGACUGGAAGCUUGGGAAAAAGAACCCCCUGAAAGAAUGAGCUGGGACCGGCAGUGGUGGAUAGCCAGGCUGAGGGGUUGGCAUGGACACAGGACACGGACAGAUUAACAGUUGGGGAGAGGACCCAACCUGGUGUCUGAGCAAAGGGCUGGAGGGGAGCCCUUGGCUUGGGUCCUAGAAUCACUGAAGUUUGAGGGGUCCCCUGCACUCAGCAGUGCCUGCUGUAAGGUCUCCCUCCCUCCUGUGCCCCUGCCUUGUAUCUUGGUCAUAAAGCUGCGUGCUGGCGUGGGGGAAAGCCUGACAUUUGAGUGAGCAGGGGCGCAGAAGGAUUGCUAGGCAGGGCGGAAGACCUCUGGGAAAAUGGAGCUGUUUUGCAACAGAAGCCUUCUCUCCCUCUCCUGCCCUCCUCUCCCUACUGUGUCAGAGGUGUCCACCCUAGGGUAAGUAGCCGGCUGGGCCAGCUGCCAGCCCACCUCCACUCCCCAGAGGGCUUCUGCCUGGGGUGUGGAGGUCAGUGCUCCCCACACACCUACUCUUUUUUGCUGGUAGGGUUCCUGAGGUCAUCACUUGGGGGCUGGCUGUCAUCAGCCCAAGCUUGUCCCAGCAGGGUACCACCUGAGCCAAUGGAAACAUAGAGUUUGUUUGAAUAACAGACAAAAAACGUUCCGGCAGCAGGUUAUAAACCCCCUGAACUAAUGAAGCUGGAAAACAGGCCUUGAGUACUCCCUUCCCUCCCCCUUUAGUUCUCCCUGCUCAGCAGGCUCUGCUGUGACCCAAGGCCUUGUUUGUUGAUUCAGGCUCAACCAGGCUCCAACAAGAAAGCCUUAUCAGGAAAAUAAAAUUUUAUUUGCAUGACCUGA